GCGUGACAGUACUUCACAGAAGAAGUUUUGAGUCCAGAUUAUCCGUUCAGGCCUCAUUUUCCUCUCUCUUCAAACAUCUCGCUGGUUUCUACGUGCCUCUCCCUCCCCCUCACUCUCCUUCUGGCCUGGUGGCUUCUCUACUGAACCAAAACAAGGCCCAUCUGGAUGGGAGAGUAAAAUAUCUUGGGCGAUGGGGCAGGGUUAAUGGAGGGCUAAUAGAGGCUCGAUAUUUUAACUUGGCUAUCUUAAUAUAUGUUGAAGCAUUCAUAGGUUUUUCAUGUAGGUGUUUUGUUGUAUGACUUCCACUUAAGCAAGUUGAGUCAGGUUCUGGUUUCAAUUGGUGAUGGAUUGGAAUAAAGAAGAGGCCAUCAGGGCCAAGGGGAUUGCUGAGAAGAAAAUGGAAAGCAAGGACUUUGAAGGGGCUCGUAGGGUUGCUCUUAAGGCCCAACACCUAUGUUCUGAUCUGGAGAAUAUUUCUCAGAUGCUUACUGUUUGUGAUGUGCAUUGUGCUACUGACAAGAAAUUGUUUGGGAAUGAGACAGACUGGUAUGCCAUCCUUCAGAUCGAGCAGACCGCAAAUGAUGCAAUGAUUAAGAAGCAGUACAGGAAGUUUGCUCUCCAACUUCAUCCUGAUAAAAACAAAUUUUCCGGUGCAGAAGCUGCUUUUAAGCUUAUUGGGGAAGCUCAAAGAGUGCUUCUAGACCGUGACAAGCGUUCCUUGUAUGACAUGAGACACAGAGCUUCUGGGAGUAGACCGGCAGCUCCACAUCGGCCCCCUCAAAAGGCGAGCUGGAACUCAAAUGUCAGGGUUCAAAAUGAAUUCAGGGGCAAAUUUACAGCCUUCAAUCCUCAGCAGCAGCAGUCACAGCCAGCUCAAGCAGGGUGCUCUAAUGUCCGGCUAACUUUCUGGACUGUCUGCCCAUUUUGUUUGGUAAGGUACCAGUAUUCCAGAGAAGUCACCAAUAGAUAUAUUCGUUGUCACUCUUGUAAUAAGCCGUUCAUUGCAUAUGAUGUGAAUGGGAAUGUUGCUUCACCAACCAUCAACACAAGUCAUGCACCACCAGCUACAAACAUGAGUCAGUCCACAUUUGCACCACAGAAAGAUGGUUCUUGUAAAGUGCAGGUGGGAUUGAAAGGGAAUCUUGGUGCUCAUAAUUCUAAAACAGAACCUUUGCAGAAGAAACGUCACAAUUCUGAGUUUGGUUCUGAAAAGAUGAGUGGUAAGAGAGGAAGGAAGCAAGUAGUGGAAUCCAGCGAGAGUUGUGACUCCAAUAGUAGCACUGAUGGUAAUCUUUCGAAUGUUUGCAAUGGAGACCAAAAUCCACGGAGAUCUACACGGAACAGGCAGCAGGUUACUUACCAGGAAAACUUGAGUGAUGAUGAUGAAAUUAUUAGCAGUCGAAAAAGAGCUAAGGGAAGUGAAUCAUCGUGUGCCUCUGAAGAGGAGAGUGGAGAUGCAUCUACAGAGGCAGUUAAAUUUAAUCCAUCUGAUUUAGCUGCUAAUGUGAAAGAAAAUCUGAAACAUGUGAAACAGAAUGGGAGGGCUUGUUCUGAGGAGAGAGUGCCAAAUGGAAACAUGGAAACCAAGAAAGUGAGCAAAAAAGAAACUGCUAACAAUGAUGGCCUUGAGCAAUGUCCUGAAGCUCAUGUCAAUUUUGCAUCCAAUUCAGGAUCCAAAUUGACUCCAGAGCCUGAGUAUCUUCAAUAUCCUGAUCCAGAUUUCAAUGACUUUGACAAUGACAGGAAACAGGGAUGCUUUGCUAUAGGGCAGAUCUGGGCUGUUUAUGAUAACUUGGAUGGAAUGCCUAGAUUCUAUGCACGGAUCAAGAAAGUCCUGUCUCCUGAGUUUAAGCUGAGGAUAACCUGGCUAGAGCCAGAACCAGAUGAUGAGAAUGAAAUUGAAUGGGUCAAUGAGGACUUGCCUACUUCUUGUGGCAAGUUCAGAAAUGGUAACUCGGAAGACACUGGAGAUCAUCUUAUGUUCUCUCACUUGAUUUCUUGGGUGAAGGGAAGCCGGAGAGAUACGUACAGAAUUUUGCCUAGGGAGGGAGAAACUUGGGCCCUCUUCAAGAACUGGGAUAUCAAAUGGUACACUGAACCUGACCAGCACCGUAAGUAUGAAUAUGAAUUUGUUGAAAUCAUGUCAGACUAUGCACAGGGUGUGGGUAUAUCCGUCGCAUUGUUGGUUAAGGUGAAAGGUUUUGCAAGUCUUUUCUGUCGAAUGGUUAAGGAAGAAACAGGCACAUUUCAAGUUCCACCGGCAGAACUGUUUAGGUUUGCUCACCGGAUUCCAUCUUAUAAAAUGACUGGUGCAGAAGGACGAGGUGUUCCAGCAGGAUCUUUUGAACUUGAUCCUGCAUCUUUACCCCCUAAUCUUUAAGAGAGUGUUAUGCCGGAAGAUCUGGACAUGGAAGCUAAAAAUAUGCAUUGCAAUGGUCCAUGUUUGGGGCCUUUAGAGAAAAUGAGACAUGGGGUGAAGUCUGAUGGAAAUGCAUCCAUGUGCCAGGCGGAUGUCAAGAGGCAUGCCCAUUUGUUGCAACCAAUUUAAGAUUAGAAAGGGUAAAACACAGACCUAUACUUCCACUGAGUCCUUUUCGCAUCAGAUGAGAGCUGAUCCUGUUGGUAGGUGGAAUGAAUAUACCAUCUUUCCCAGGAAAGGUGAGGUUUGGGCAUUAUAUAGGAACUGGACUGCUGGAAUACAGUGUUCUGACAUGGAGAAUUGUGAAUAUGACAUGGUAGAAGUCAUUGAGGAAGAUGAUUUGCAGAUAUGAGUGUUGAUUUUGGAGCGCGUAGAUCGUUACAACUCACUUUUCAAGGCUCAUAUAAAAGAGGGGUCAUAUGUAACUGUUGGGAUUCCGCGUAUUGAGCUUCUCCGGUUCUCCCAUCAAAUACCUGCUUUCCGUCUGACAAAACUGAGACAU